UUUCUAGUGGCAUCUUUUCUAGUGGCACCUUUUCUAGUGGCAUCUUUUGUGAGGCAAGGAACUUUACAUUGGUUCCUACCUCCAAUAAUUAUUCGUUAAGAAGCUCCCACUGUUGGACUAUGCAGGCUGUACACGAAGAGAAAGCCUCUGAAGGUGACGUAUGGAAUGGGGAUAGAGGAGCACGACAAGGAGGGAAGACUCAUCACUUGCGAGUUUGAGACAUUCUAUCUCAUCACUGCCUAGUGUACCAAAUGCCGGAGAGGGUCUGAAGAGGCUGGACUACAGACAAGAGUGGGACAGAGAUUUCAGAGAAUAUCUGGAGAAACUCGAUUCCCAGAAACCACUCAUUCUGUGCGGAGACCUAACGUAGCUCACAAUGAAAUCGAUCUGAAGAACCCAAAGACCAACACUAAGACGGCAGGCUUCACUCAGCAGGAGAGGGAUGGGUUCACACUGCUCCUGGGGGAGGGGUUCGCGGACUCCUUCCGUCACCUCCAUCCCACCACUCAGCGGCCUUCACAUACUGGUCCUAUCGCUUCAAUGCUCGCGCCAAGAACAUUGGCUGGAGACUGGACUACUUCGUACUAUCCCAGAGACUCAUGAAAGAUGUGUGCAACUGUGUCGUGAGGUCAGAGGUUGCCGGGAGCGACCACUGUCCUCUGGUCCUCAGUAUGGCAAUGCCCUGAACUCCGUAUACUCCCGUAUUCGACAUCUCUCAUUUUGUAUACUCAACUCG